AGAUUGAUUUAUUUGGUUAAGAAAUACUUUUCUUGAACCUAUUUUUUAAAAGUAACACUCAGUAUUACCAUAACAUGCACAUUUGAAAUGUGAGAACUAUAAGAGAUGAAAAUCUGACAGGUGCAAUUAGUGAGAUACAAAGCAGGAGGUGUUGAACCAAAACCAUCAGUUAAACAUUUUGCAUUCAGACUUAAUUCUUUGUUAGAAAGGUUGGGAAUAACAUGAAAGCCAUUUUAACCUUAACAACGAAAGGAGGAUUAUUAUCACUUAAUUAUAUUUCAGUGACAAACUGCUUUCUGCAAAAUCCAGCCCACAGGACACAAACACGAUCUUGGCCACACCUUGGCAUUACUGGUUUGCAGCAUUAUUUCCCUAUCCUUUUCUGAAACCCAUUCAACAUGGAAUCAAACAAUAGCAACUCUGGCAAGAAUCCUCCUAUAUACACAAUGAAGAAAUAUUUCUGAGCUUCAUAAGUUAUAAUACAAGUGUCACACUUCUUUUCACAGCAGCCGAAGGACAGGAGUUUGUUUGGUUAAAGCUCUCAGGACAUUAUAAUGGCUUUAGUAUUUAGAACUGUGGCUCAACUAGCUGGAGUUUCAUUAUCUUUGCUGGGAUGGGUUUUAUCCUGUCUUACAAACUACCUGCCACACUGGAAGAACCUCAACCUGGACUUAAAUGAAAUGGAAAACUGGACCAUGGGACUCUGGCAAACCUGCGUCACCCAAGAGGAAGUGGGGAUGCAAUGCAAGGACUUUGACUCCUUCCUGGCUUUGCCUGCUGAACUCAGGGUCUCCAGGAUCUUAAUGUUUCUAUCAAACGGGCUGGGAUUUCUGGGCCUGCUGGUCUCCGGGUUUGGCCUGGACUGUCUGAGAAUUGGAGAGGGUCAGAGAGAUCUCAAGAGGCGACUGCUGAUCCUGGGAGGAGUUCUGUCCUGGGCCUCGGGAAUCACAGCCCUGGUUCCUGUCUCUUGGGUUGCCCACAAGACGGUUCAGGAGUUCUGGGAUGAGAACGUCCCAGACUUUGUCCCCAGGUGGGAGUUUGGGGAGGCCCUCUUUCUGGGCUGGUUUGCUGGACUUUCUCUUCUACUGGGAGGGUGUCUGCUCAACUGUGCAGCCUGUUCCAGCCACGCUCUCCUAGCUUCGGGCCACCAUGCAGUGGCGCAAAUGCAAGAUCAUCAUCAACUGGAGACAAGAAACACCAACCUGAGAAACUAAGCCAGAAAGGACAAGCGUCUGCUGUUCAGGAGACGCCUGCUCAACACUGGAUUUGGUAGGAGGUCCCGCUCUAGUCAUCUCACUGUGCUUCUGAUUUUCGAAAAUGCAUUUUUUCCUGUGACUGUUAAACUAUAGUUUCUUUCCAAGACUAGUAAACUAUUUUUAUCUUCUACUCUGAGAUCAAAACCAAUCAAGACUUCAUAGUAAUGACACCCAUUACUGUGGAUGAGUGUUCUCAAUUUUAAAACAGUGAUUGCAUAGAAGUGGUAAAUAAAACGUUAAUCUGUAUGUGUCUUUGAAGGUGUUAUUCAUAUGGAGCGGAAUCAUCUGGCAGAUCACUGACUUCUUUCAGGUGUUUAAGAUAACCUAGUAUAAUAAGCCUGAGCUGCAUACUUAUUUAAAAUGCAUGACGUCUUAUUAUAUAAAAGAAUGAUGAGCUCUUUAAAAGCUUUAGAGGUGAAAGGCGUAGACACAUCAUCUCCUGAAUCAGAGACCUGUGUCUCUAUGGAACCUUUUCUCAAAAGGCAGCCACAUUCAGUCAUGCCUUCUAAACGAUGUCAGAAGCAGGAGGGUGAUCUUGUGUUUUGGAUGAUUCAAGUAGGCUCUGGCACACAAACGUGCUUCUGCAUCCUGUGCUCUGUAUUUCGUGGGCAGCGUUUCUGGCUUCCCUGGCACUGAGCAGUCUGUGGGGGGCAGGGCAGGGCAGGGCAGGACUGGUGUGUGUGUAGAGACCUCCUGGGAUGGCUGCCUCUCCGUGGAGCACGCUGCCAGCCCAGGCGGAACGACCACAGAGCACACACUCUGGAGCCCUUCAUUUUAUUUGCACAAUGAAAAGACUGCGUCCUUUUUUAUCAGCAAUACACACAGUUCCAACAAGAACUAUUCAUCACAAACUGCUGGCUUGGGGAUUCUUCGUGAAAUAUUUUGUAUUUGCUUGGUACAUGGUUCCAGGAAACUCGUGUGUUUGUGCCAGUCAGGGAAAUAAACUGAACAAUAAACGACACUGAAAUAGACUAUUAGGCAAUAUGUAGCUUUGUUUUUUGUUUUUGUUUUUUUAAAAACCGACUGAAUUUUUUUCCACCCACAAACACUUGGAAAGUGCAGAAACCAAAGUUAAUCUAUGUGAUGUAUUUGCAUACGUUUACAAACAAGACAGAUUAAAACAGAAACAUGUUCAGAAUUUAACCUGAUUAAAUAUUAAGUUCAGUCCUGAGCUUUUGAUAUUUCAUACAAUAUAGAUAAAGCAAUAGCAAAAAAUUUUAAUUUAUUUGAUUUGCAUGCUACAGAGAUUUAGCUAAACUUUGUUCAUUUGGCUAGCAAUAUCCUUUUUGUACCUGUAACACUUAAGAUUCUGAUAUACAAAAUUGUAAUAAUAUAAUGAUAAUUCAAACUUGAGAACUAAAUAUUACAUUCUUUUUACCCUGUGUGAAUAAAUUCUACCUUUUAAAAAUAGUAUUUAUAAUAUUAAAAUUCGUAUUU